GUGCACCCAGAAACAUGGAAGAAAAUCGAGCCUGGGAAGCUUGGGGCCCCUCCAGGGACUGGUCAAGGUCCCAGGUGGCCAGAACAGGCCCCAGAUGGUCACUGGCCUCUGUGCUGAGUGAGCUUCCGAGUGCUGCUACUCUCCGCUACCGUGGUCCUGGUGUGCUCCCUUGGGGGACACUGGAUGAGGAGGGUGGCAGUGAAGGAAGGAGCACCCAGGCCUUUGUAGAAGGCCCUCAACUGGAGCUGCUGCAAUCCCUCCCUUCCCGGGAGCUUCCCUGGCCUAUGCAGGCCAGGCGAGCACACAGGAAGAGCCAGGCUACAGAGCAGGUGGCCUAUGGCUCUGAUUCGAGGGCUGCCCACUGGACCCAACAGUUUUCCAAGACCAAGGAGAAGAUGAAGCAAGGCUUUCAAACUAUACAGCCCUGGGCAUGGACACUAAAGAGGAUUGGGGGCCAGUUUGGCGCGGGCACUGAGUCCUACUUUUCCCUGCUGCGAUUCCUGCUGUUUCUCAACCUGGCAGCAUCUAUGGUUAACAUCUGCAUGAAGCUGAUCCCCACUUGGUUGGAAGGAGCUCCUCCUGGUCCCCCUGACCAUGACAUCCCCUCACCCUGUGGUCCCUAUACCCCUGACACCAAGGGCCUGGUCACCUUCCCCACCCAACUCUUCAACUUGCUCUCUGGAGAGGGUUACCUAGAGUGGUCCCCUCUAUUCUACGGAUUCUACCCACCCCGUUCCUACCUGGCCACCACCUACCUGUGCUCCGUCUUUGCCCUCGGCCUCAUCUACCUGCUGCUCAUCCUGCACCGUUCGGUGUCCGGGUUGAAAGAGACGUUAUUAGCUGAGUCAGGAACUCUGACCAGCUACAGCCACCGAGUGUUCUCAGCCUGGGACUUUGGCCUCCGCGGGGAUGUGCACGUGCGGCUGCGCCAGAGCAUCAUCCGGUAUGAACUGCAGGUGGAGCUGGAGGAAGCCAUGGUUCGACGCAGGGCUGCGGAGCAGACCCUAGGGCAGCGAGCCAGGGUGUGGUUGGUGAGGGUGCUCAUCAACUUGCUGGUCUGCGCGCUCCUGGGAGCGGCCUUCUAUGGCAUCUACUGGGCCACAGAGUCCACAGUGACGCUGCAGGAGACACUCCUUAACCAGCAGACACCGCUGCUCAAGCUUGUGGUGAAUUAUCUUCCAUCCAUCUUCAUCUCCGUGUUCAACUUUGUGCUGCCGUUUGUGUUCAAGCUCCUUGCCCCACUAGAAGGCUAUACCCGCAGUCACCAGAUCAUCUUCUUCCUGCUCCGGACCGUGUUUUUGCGUCUGGCCUCUCUGGUGUUCCUUCUCAUCUCUCUCUGGAAUCAGAUCACUUGUGGCGGAAAUGUUGAGGCAGAGGGAUGCAAGACCUGUGGCUACAAUUACAAAGAACUUCCGUGCUGGGAGACUCGGCUGGGCCAGGAGAUGUACAAACUCGUGCUCUUUGAUCUGCUGAUGGGCCUGAUUGUCACGCUGCUGAUCCAGUUUCCUCGGAAGCUACUCUGUGGCCACUGUCCUGGGGCACUGGGUCGUGCGCUGGGGACCCUGGAGUUCCAGGUGCCGGAUGAGGUCUUGGGGCUUGUCUAUGCUCAGAUCGUGGUCUGGGUGGGAAGUUUUUUCUGCCCUUUACUACCCCUGAUCAACAGCGCCAAGUUCCUGCUACUUUUCUAUGUGAAGAAGAUAACACUCUUCUCCACGUGCUCACCAGCCUCCCGCACCUUCCGGGCCUCCACAGCAAAUUUCUUUUUCCCUGUGGUGCUUCUGUUGGGUCUGGCGAUCUCCGCUGUCCCCGUGCUUUACAGCAUCUUCUUAAUCCCACCUUCUAAGUUGUGUGGCCCAUUCCGGGGGCAGUUGUCCAUUUGGUCCCACAUUCCAGAGUCCAUUGAGAGUCUUCCUCAGACCACCCAGAACUUUCUCUAUUUUCUGGGAACCCAGGCUUUUGCUGUGCCCCUUCUGCUGUUGUCCAGCAUCCUGAUGGUAUAUACAGUGACCCUGGCUAACUCUUAUGGACGCCUCAUCUCUGAGCUCAAACUCCAGAUAAAGAGGGAAGCACAGAAUAAAGUCUUCUUGGCCCAGCGCGCUCUGGCGCUGAGCUCAGCGAACGGAGUUCUCUGAUCUGGCUGGAGAUGAUGCCUCACCUUCAGCUCCCAGACUCUUUGUAAGCCUCAGUUACUUCGUGCAUUAAGUAACGGUACCCUCUCGGCUCUUAUGAUUUGGACAGUCCCAGACCCUCCGCUGUCCAGUGCCCGACUCUAAAUGGAAUCCUAUCAAUAAACAACUGUUGA